UUGUCUGUUUGCUUGAGCGCAUUACGCAUCGUUUCUCUUUGGCCUGUUUAGCUUCGGCUAAAGCUUUUCCUUGCUGUAUUUCAUUUAACCUCAUUCGGUGCAACUAAAUUUGAGUCUUGGAUCACGAGAUUGUGAAAAGUGUUGUAAAACAGCGCGGCUGAUUAUUCAUAAUUAAUAUAAAAAAGGUCUUUUUUUAAAUAACGUGCAGAUUUUGCAAAGUGGGACAUUUGUCCCGUGAAAUGGGGAACUGAACAAAGUAAAAAGCAACAAUUAUUUUUGGUAAAACGUCGGAAAUCCGAGGGUGCAGAAAACGAGAAAGGUAUCACGAGGCCCUGUGACGUCAGCCGCUCCCCUGCGCUUCCUCCAGCAGCCAGUCAGCGAAGGGAUGCUCUGAACGCAAGACUGCAGCAUCUUCACCGAGAGAACGAGCAGGACAAAACGUCUCUUUCUCUGUCUUCCUCCAGCUCCGAAUCUCCGGACCCUUCUCACCCACCCGUCACCCCUGGGUGUCUUCGCGACUGGAGCCAGGAAAGGAUAAGAAGAACGAAAUUCUAAUAGCCUAAGAAUCGGAUUUUUUUUCUAUUAUUGUUAUAAUUGCUUCACCGAUCACCCUUUCCUUUCUUCUCUCUUCGGCUGAUUUCGCCUCUUUGCGCUUUGCGUUGUGUUUUUGUUUUGUUUUGGUUAUUGUUCCGUUUCGCUGGUUAUUGCAGAGGAGCGCCACCAUCCUGUACCGCCUGACAUGAGUACUGGUUGCAGCGGAAUGAUACACAUAUCCUAGCCCGCUUAUCUGAAGGUUGAUGGAACUGUGACGCUCCACUGGCACGUUUUCAGUAGCCUAGAAGUCGCUCCAUCUGCAGAGGUCUCCCGUUUUCUCCCUCUCUGAGCCGCUCCAGCGUUUCUUUCUUUCUGCCCCUGCGCAGCAUCUCUCUGUACGCACGGCGCACCACGGAGAAACGCGCAGCUAACCUACCCCGUUCGUAGGAAACAGGCGUAUUUUGCAAUUCCUAAAUCGCUUUUACCCUCUCCAAGGACUCAUCUGCACGGCUACGCUGCGUAAAAAAAAACGGAAAGGGGGGAUUUAAACGCAAACGCAGCCUAAGCAUCCAAGAGCAAGCUCGAAAAUGAUGGCCGGCGGAGCAGUACAACAAAACGGCAUUUUCUCAAAUCCUCACCAUCACAAUCAACAACCACACAUGGAGUCCGAUCCCCCGGACUCACGUAAAAGACCCCUGGAGACCCCAACGGAAGCCAGCAGCACCAAACGUACAAACACGGGAGUGGCCUUCCUGCAGCCCCUAUUUGAAACUGAAGGCAUUGUAUUCCCUCACCAAGAAACUGAGACUCAUGAGGAAGGCGAGUACUUCCUGAAGGUUUUGAUUCCCAGCUAUGCGGCGGGUUCAAUCAUCGGGAAGGGAGGUCAGACCAUCGUCCAGCUCCAGAAAGAAACUGGCGCCACCAUCAAACUGUCCAAAUCCAAAGACUUCUACCCCGGCACAACAGAGCGUGUGUGUCUGAUCCAGGGGACUGUGGAGGCACUGAAUGGUGUCCAUGACUUCAUCGCUGAGAAGGUGAGGGAGAUGCCUCAGAGCACUCAGAAGACAGAGCCGGUGAGCAUCCUGCAGCCGCAGACCACCGUCAACCCGGACCGAGUCAAACAGGCCAAGCUGAUCGUCCCCAACAGUACAGCAGGAUUGAUCAUUGGUAAAGGCGGAGCUACAGUCAAGGCAGUGAUGGAACAGUCUGGGGCGUGGGUCCAGCUAUCCCAGAAGCCAGAAGGUAUCAACCUGCAGGAGCGUGUGGUCACCAUCAGCGGCGAGCCCGAACAGAACCGGAAAGCAGUGGAGAUCAUUGUCCAGAAGAUCCAGGAGGACCCGCAGAGCUCCUCGUGCCUCAACAUCUCCUACUCCAACAUCACAGGGCCAGUCGCCAACUCCAACCCCACCGGCUCACCGUACGCCAACUCAACCGAGGUCAUGCCAGCUGCCGCAGCCGCUGCCGCGGCUACGGCUUCUUCUCUGCUCGGCCAGGCAGGCCUGGCUGGGGUUGGAGCCUUCCCAACCACUAUGUCCAGCCUAUCAGGCAACGACUUGCUCGCCAUCACUUCUGCCCUCAACACUCUGGCCAGCUAUGGUUACAACACCAACUCUCUGGGCCUGGGGCUCAACCCUGCUGCUGCUUCAGGGGUUCUAGCCGCAGUAGCGGCUAAUGCAAAUCCAGCAGCAGCUGCUGCAGCUAAUUUGUUAGCAUCCUAUGCCAGCGAUGCAUCCACCAGCGCUGCUCACCCUGCAGCCAGUCUUGGAGGCUUCUCUCUGGGAUCCCUAGCUGCUGCUACAGGGGCCACCAAUGGUUACUUAAGCGCUGCUUCACCACUUGUGGCAUCAUCUCUACUGGCCACAGAGAAGCUAGCAGAAGGAGCAAAGGAAGUGGUUGAGAUCGCUGUGCCAGAAAACCUAGUGGGAGCCAUUCUGGGGAAAGGAGGGAAGACGCUAGUGGAGUACCAGGAGCUGACUGGCGCCAGGAUCCAGAUCUCCAAGAAGGGCGAGUUCAUUCCUGGAACUCGGAACAGGAAGGUGACCAUCACAGGUUCCCAGGCCGCCACACAGGCUGCACAGUACCUGAUCAGCCAGCGAAUCACCUACGAGCAGGGGGUACGCGCCACCAACCCACAGAAGGUGGGCUAAACCUGACAGCCGAUGAGAAACGAGGAGGAAAAGAGGAAAAAAAAAGAGUGGGGGCUUGGGGGAGGAGUAUAAAAAAAGUGAGAAUGGAAAAAGGAGAGGAGAGCAAGAAUGUCGGAAGGAAUCGUUCGCACCGUUUUCUUCUGCGUGUUUUCAGUAUUCUCUAUUAAAAAAAAUUUUUUUGACGCAAAGCAAAAAUGUGCUGAGAAGACGAGGAGGGAGAGGAGCGAGUUAUUACGCUGAAAAACCAAGAAAAAAAUGUGCAAAAUGUAAAUAAGGUUUUAUUACUUAACGUCUUGACCUUUUGGGAUUUUUUAUUGUUUUGUUUAUUGUUUUAUUGUUUUGUUUCGUUUAGUAAAUUAAGCUGUCUGUUUGUUUGUGUAUUGUGUGGACAGAGCUGAAUGCCAUGUAGACAGGCCGACUGCCUGAGAGGCUACAGGAAGUGGGGGGAUGGAGGGAAGGGCAUGGGUGCGGCAAGGCGGAGGGUUGGGGUUUACAGGGUUCAGCCCUCCACCGCCCCCGAACCCAAUACGGAAACAACCCUUAGCCCUCCUUCCCCCUGCAGGCCACACCCAUCACCCUCCAGUAGGGUUUUUGUUUUUUCUUCUAGGAGAUUUACCCCAAACCCCUCGCCCCACCUCCCUUGAAUGCCCCUCUCACUUUUUGCUCCCCUGACCCGCCCCUCUCCCUUUUACAAGGGUUUUAUAACAAACAAGACUGCAAACCUCAGCCUGGUGUGCGAGAGAAGAAAUGCCCUUGACUCCUCCCCCACCGCCGACACCUUCUAUUACUUCACCCGCAUAUGAUCGUACCUCCCUCCUCGUCCCCUCGUCUGGGAGAUGAAGGGUGAGGUGAAAUUGGGCAGAGGUGCGGGGAAAGAGAAUCAACCGGGCACUUUUUUUUCUUUUGCACACCUUCCCAUACCUGUGAUGUAUCCCACAAGCAGUGCAGCGCUGCAGGGGUGUUACAGCAUGUGACGCCCACCCCCACGUGUGGCUCUAAUGUCUCAGAUAGAAAGGCGAAGCGCACGCCGAUGACCUCACAUAGUGAAAAACCCAUAAACGACAAGAGCGAUACAGCGCAGGCUGCGGCAAACACACAGGAUCUAUGGCAUUUUUUGCAGUCUGCUGUGAUAAUUCUAUUAACUAUAUUGUCGAUAUAGGAAUCAUUACCUUCGUCAUUAUUUAUUAAUGAGUUCACCCAUAUAAGGCUCAGUUGUGUUUUUUUUUUAAUCUGUGAAUUCAGGUUGACAUGAAUGUAAAUGAGACUAUUUUUGAUUUGAUUCUUUUGUUUUAAUUUAAGUGGAUUGAAGAUGAAUAGUAAUGUCACAUAGUGUAAUAUAUGUCUUAUUUAAGUCCAGUAAGAAAGCCACCCCAGGCAUUAGGAUCAUUACAGUGAAGGAUCACCUUAUAUAUCCAGUCAAAGAAAAGAACAGGGAACACACACAGACACGCACACGUUUUCACACUGAAACAGAACAUUAUGAUGCCAUAUUUGGUGCUAGAAAAGGGAAAUCACCAUAUCUAUGAUGCAGACUGCAGUAAGACUUCUAGAUUAGCAAGAAAAGCUCUAAACCUCUCGUACCACAGGCUGCAGUGCAGCUGAAUUAACCUACCUGGUUAUCAUGCUUAGCUCCUAGCUCAUGCUGCAAAAGAUCACUGCUGUUUAUAUGCCCUGUUGCAGUUUGCCUGCAUUGUAAAGUUGUAACUAAAAUGAAUAAUCCAGUUGAACUGAAACUAAUUCUCGGAUAAACUGCUGCUCGGCCUGUGGACGCCCGAACCCUUCGGAUUAACCCAAACCACAGACUAGAUAGAGUGAGAGCAAUUAAGACUAACAAGAUACUACUGAGAAAUGCAAACAUUUAGUCGGAGGUAACACUGAAACGUGACAAAGGAACGUCGUUUAUCUGGGGUCCACUGCUGAAUCUGCAAGCCUCGCUAGUAGAUUUGCUUUUUUACGGCAGCGUGCAUAUCAGUAAUGGAGAUAAAUAGGCUCACUGACCUUUGCUCUUAUCACGCAUCCGUCCAACUGCCAAUGAGAUGAAGGGCAGAUGAGAGAUUUUUAACAUAUGUCCUGGGAGCUGAGCUCAUUUCUGCCUCUGGCAAGCUGUAGGUCUCCCUCGGAAACGGAUUUACUGCCCACUGUAGACCCAGGAGGCUGCUGAAGAUGCUGUUGUUUCUUCUGUUGUUGAGUUUUUUUUGUUUGUGUCGUGUUAUUUUUGUCUGUUUUUUUUAACAAUCGGAGUACACUGAAUUUUUUUUGUCUUAAUGCACUGUGAAGCGAGGGAGAGUUUCUCUCGACCUAUGAGGUCAGGGAUGUGUGCUAUAGAUGGCAUCGUUGACUGGAUGGUUUUUUGUAUGGCAGGGAAAAAAACACGCAUAUAUGAAAUAUAUGUAGAAUGCAUAUGAAGAACUUCACCGGAAAUGCACAUCAUAUCUGAAUAUUGACGGAGGUGAAAGAGACUAGGUCGAUGAAGAGGAUCAAUCAAUUGAGGUCAAUUAGAUCCUACUUACCUGUUAUCUUGGAAAAGUGUUUCGUAAUUAGGGGGCAGGAUGUUGGGGAGUGUUAGGUGUCCAGUAGUAGAUUAAAGAGACUGGAACAAAUUCUAAAUUCAAUAUCCUAUCGCAGCUGUGUCUUUCUCACGUACUGCACAUCCAACAGGCAAGUCCCUGGACAGAGAUUUAAUUCUAACAGUAGCUGAAGUAUGACGGAAUGUAAAAGGCCAAAAAUGAGGAGGGGGUGCAUUUGAUUUAUUGACCUAAAAGCCUGGUGAGGGGAGGGAACACCUCUAAGACUAAACAAACAGACCUUUUGAUUCUUUUGAAACCAAUCCGACCCAAAAUCCUCCACUGUGCUUUUGAAUGUGUCACUCUCUGUUGGAGCGCCAGUGAGGGUUUAUCUCCACAGCUUGGUAAGGAGGCUUCUUUACUCCCAUCUAACACCAUCCACACUCUCCUCACCCUCCCACCCGUCCUCAGUUUUCCAGUGCACUCCCAUCCUGACACCCCCUCUCCUCCUACCACAUCGCUCCAUGGGUGACUAUGUCUGGUGUUACGAUCAAUGCAUGUCUGCUGCUUGCCCCGACAAACGCCACAGAUUGAGCCUCUUCUCUCUUUGCCUCCUCGGGCAGCUGAGGCUCGGGCCACCAAAUGCGACACUAUCAGAAAAUAACCACGCCCGAAGAGGAAGUCAUAGCUGGCAGGGCACAGUGCAUAAACACUCUUAUUUGUAGUUUGUACUUCAUAACAGUGACGAGAUACAUUACUAGCUUGGAAAACAUUGCACAAACACACACAUAUUUCGAGGGAAUAAUUUCUCUUUGAUAGGGUUUGACUGGAUUUUAUUGCAAAAGCCAGUGUGCUUUUGCUCUGCUAUGGAAAUAUACUGUGCUGAAUGCAUUCAGUAGGCUGAUUUCCAUUUCAUUUAGAGUAAGAUUUGCCUUUUUUCUGCAGGUAGACUCAUUUAUGGACUUAAUAUCUAUUGAGCAAUUUUGGAAAAUAAUUUUAGGUUUGUUGGUCAGACAAAACAAGCAAUUUGUCACAUGUAGUUGUUUAGCGGAAACAAUAAUUACUCAGGUAAUUUAAAGAUUUUGAAUGCUAAUUAAUUGAAAGUCAUGUGGCCGUGUUUCCUCCCCCUGCUUUGGAAAGCGUGCAUGCAGCACAGUAUGUUUACAGUGGCAAAACUGCACUGAAAUUUCUUAUAUAGGUGCCAUUUGAUUUAAUACUUUAAUUCUUUUUUAUCUUAUUAAUUAAACCUUAGGAUGACUGUCUUUUACACAGCAGCUAAUCUCUUUAGUUAUCAUAACGUUAGGGGAUUGAGAUAAAAUGUGACAAGUACUAGAAGCAAUACAUGUUGUGUCGUCCCGUCCCUUAUCCUCUGUGUGCCGUAGGAGCUUUUGGAUUUACCCGUAGAUGUUGGAUAGGUUUACACGAGUAAUUUUUUUUUCAAUUUGUGGAAGAUGCUGCUAUUUAAUAAUAAUAACAAGAAAAAAAAAUACAAGGUAAAAACAUAUCGAAAUCUGUCCUUUAGCUGGAGAGGCUAGUUGCAAGCAGUGUAAUACACGCUCUGUUAUAAGCUGACAAUAAGUUAAUAAGAGCAUAAUUUUAACCUGAACAAGUAAAACCUGUGCCAAAACAGAACUGUAAAUGUGUUGAUUUAAAUCACAUUAGGUAAGAGGAGACAUACUUUUAUAUUAAGAAAAUGUGAAAAGUGCCAAAUGAACCAUAUUUAUAAAUCAAUACAUAGGGGGUCAGUUUUUGAGAACUAGGUACACUAACAGACAAAGCGCUUCAGUAUAGCAGUUUGUUCAAUCCCUCUUCACUCCUGCCACAAGACGAGGGACCGCCAUGUUAGCCAAGUGUUAGCCUGUCCUCUGGGAACUACUCUUCCCAGGAUGCAACAGCACUAUGACUCUGGGGCUAGAGUAUCAAUAUAGUGAUAGGUUAGCAUAAUAAUGCUAAAAAAAAAUGUGACUAGAUAGCAUUCUUAAACACAGCCUUUUAUAGUUACGAUGAAGAUGUAUUUUGUGGAAAUAGAUGUUAUCUUUUUUGCACGUCUAUAUUGCAUGAUAUCAAAGUGAAGCGUGGACAAAAAAAAAAAAAUCAAAGAAACAAAAAAAAGAAAAACCAUGUAGGAAGUGUGUGUUGUUCAUUUUUCGGAGACAAAUCUUUGCAUGCCGAUAAGGGUAGAGCAUUUUGGUAUUGUUUUACACGCGUUCAGAUGUUCGUUGUUUUUCGAUGCAGUCGCGUCAAGUCCCGGUCCACCUGCUGCAGGUGAAGACGAUGUUUGAUUUCGAUGUCACGACCGAGUGAGUAUUUUGUCGCUAAGCUGUCUAACCUUCCUCAGAGGGAUACGAACAAAACUCUCGAACAAACCUAAGACUAUUUUGCUACUUGUUGAGCGAGCUUGGACUAAACGCUUCUCAGUUCCUACUUAACUUUUGAACAAUUUUUUGAAGAAAAAAAAAAUCUGGAUUUAUUUUCAAAUAAUAGACUGAGAUUGUCCAUGAAUGUACUCACCUCUCCAUAAGUUUGCAUAUCACUCUUCUGACCACUGGCGUGCAGUAGAGGCUUACAUGUGUUUUAGUGUGUCUCUGUAAUCUAACCUUACUAACCCCUCGACGCACUCUGUCAGGCUCUCAGUAUUAAUAUGUUGUCUGUCCUUUGAGCCCCCACGCUCUGAGCUCUGGCUUGUCUUGUCAUUGAAUUGCACCUUAUUGACCUCAAAUAUGACAUGGAGCAUCUCUGGUCCCGCCCCUCGUGGUCGCGAGUGACUCGUAAAGAGAGACAGUGUGUGAGAAAGAGGUGAAAGAUCCCCUCCCUUACUUUUAAAUCCAAAAUAACGCACAGACACACUAUGCUGUGUGCUGCACCGCCUGCCUCCCUCGGGUGACUUGCUGCAGAAUUUGGGACAGAUUGUGUUUUCACUCCCUUAACAUGCAAUCCAAGGCUCUGAUCUCGGGGAGAGAGAGAAAAAACAGCACUGAACAUUGCCAGUGUGGGUUUUGAAUCCUGAUCCCCCUCCUCCCCUCUCUCUCUGUCUCUCUCUGUCCUAAGUUUCCCAGUUCAGUUUAAUUAGAUGCUAUUGGCUUCGGUGUCAAAUUUUUUUGUUUUUUUGCCAAAGUCUCUCUCCGGAUUUGCAGUGCGGUCAUGCUUCGUAUACUGACAGAUGUUGUCAUGGGAAGUGGCCCGCUGUUCACAAAACUAACUGAGAUGGGGAAACGAUCGGGAUUUCCAUUAUUGCUCCUCAGUGACACGUUUGCACUAAACCUUCUGCUGUUACAGUGCACGGCACGCCGAGCUGAGGUGGGGGUCAGUGUGCGAGACUACUGUAGAUGGUAGCCUUACUGUAGGUGUUCAUUCAGCAUUGUAUUUAGAUGUGCAUGCUCCUCUCUCUCUCCCGCCCUCUGAGUUUGUCUGCUUUAGGCCCGCUCCGUGGUGUCUGUGUUGCGGUGUAGCCGGCUAGCCAUGUUUUAUUCAUGUCUUAUUUUUGUUGGCUUUUGUUUUUACUGUAACGUGUAGAGGAAUGCAAACUCAAUUCUAACCUGCUCGCCAGGUGACCUCAUUGCUUCUCAGUGGGUGUGUGGCUCUCCGACAUAGUCCCCAGCUCUUGUUCUCUGCCCCCCGCCUACCCUCCACCGCCACGCCUACCUCCACAAACCCACUCUCACCCACACCCACCACCUUUUCAAAACAACAUCUAAGACAUCUUUUGGGACCCCGCUCCCCACCCCCUUUUCCACCCUUCUUCCUCCCCCAACUCGGGCCCCAUCGAAGCACCAGCAACUGUAGACUGCAUUUGUCAUAUCACUGUUUUUCUGUUCCUUCUCUCGUUUCUCUGUUUAUUUUUUUCCUGGUUUUGAUUUGUACUGUAUGCUCUAACCCAAACCAGUUUUAACAAAAUGCCAUUUUCUGUAUGUAGCCUGUUUACCCUACUCCACCCCCACCCCCCCUACACACACACACACACACACACACAAACACAAUAUCCUCCAUGCCCUCUUUUUUUGCACUUUCACUGCCCACUCCUCCUCCUCGCCCAAACAUACACACACUUUCCUCCUCCGCCUCCCACGAGUCUCUUCUCUCGAGUGCCAAAAUAGAACAGAGAGGAAAAAAAAGCAAAACAAAACAAAAAAAAAGACAACAACAACAACUACUACUACCAUUCCAAGCGUUUCUUUGAGUUGUUCUUGUGUGUCGGACAUCCAUCCUGGAAGCACCCAUGAAGCCAGCAUGCUCCGCCCUCAUAACAUGAUGUCGCUCAUGACGCCUCAACUGAACAGCACCUUGCCCCCCACCACCACCACCUCCUCCUCCUCCUCCUCCUCCUCACCACCCCCACAGAGCUAAACCCGACAAGGAUUAACCCUUCUGCAGGUUGGCUACCUACCUACUGUCCUGCCUCUCAACCUACCUUAAAAAAAAAGCCCUACCGCUCAUGCCAGCUGCUUUCCUAAUUCUGUCAUUUCUUCAGCCUGUGGGACUUCAUUGAUUGUGUGCCAUAGUGUUGGGGGCACCUUUCACUCUCCUCACCUCCCCCUUCUUUCUAUACCCCCACCCCACCUUUCUCUCUCUCUCUCUCUCUAUAACCCCUCUCGCUCUCGCUCCAUUUGAUUUUUCUCGAUGGGAAAGAUUAAAAAAACCUCCAUUUUCUAAUGAUGAUUUUUUUUGUUGUUGUUUAACAUCCAAACCACGCACGCCGACACAUGCACCGCCCCCAGUGCAGUGGUGUGGGGAGUGUUUACGCACCGUCAGCUGCGCAGCCAUCCUCUGUCUUCUUGAACUUUUUGAACUUUCACCCCCUCAUGAACUUUAUUGACCUUCUUCCUCCUCCUCCUACCCCCCUUCUGUGUUCAUCCAACUGUUUGGACGAUAACUCUCCAUUCCAUCCCCAAAACCUCUCUGAGACUGUGCAAUGCUAGCUGAUAUGAUUGGAUUUUUUUGUUUGUUUGUUUGUUGCUCACCAUUGGGGACAGUUCUCUGAGCUAUAAGUCAAAAAAGAACAAAAAAAAACAUAUGAAAGGACGAAAAAAAUAUUUUAAAAAAUGCAGACAAACAAAAAAAGGAUAAAACACUAAACAAUUGUUUCUCCACAAUUUCAUUUUUUUUCUCUCUCAUUGUAAAUAUUUUUGUCAGAUUUUUUGCCGAGGUGUAAAGAGAGAAGUGUUGAGCAGAAAGGGGCGGGCAGCAUAAAGAGAAACUAGUGGACGCGGUAGACGAUCGUAACACUUUUCAUCCUCUGUAUCCGAUACUUAGGUCUGCCUGUAUAAUCGGCUAUGCUAGUUCUACUGUGUUAACCUGUGCUGUUGUUAUUAGUGUUGAUUUACCUACUGUAUUCGCUGUUUAGCGUUCAUGUCGGCUAGCCAACUUUUUAGAUAAGUGUGCUCAUCAAAUAAUAAUACUAAUCUUGAGAAAUAGUCCGAGCCAUUCUCAACGUAGGCUUGCUUUUGUACAUUUGUUGAUGUUUCUUAACAGUGAGUUGUAGUGGCACUAGUAUCUUUUUAAUCAUCAAGCCAUAGUGAUUGAAAACGCUUGGUCAUGUUAGAGACAUAUCAUCGUGGAAGACGGCUCGACUCAGCUCCUCCAAGUCGGAGAAAGAAAAACAAAAACAGGGAGGCGGAGGCAGAAAAUUGAAAAACAAAAGAAGAAGAAAUUAAGCUUCUCCCGGGCUACAAAAUGAGGAAGAUGAGCUGCUAACUUUUGUGCAAUACAGUCCUAGUUUACAUAACAUAGAAGGAUAGUUUAGAGAUGAUUAACCUCUGCAGGUGCCGCUCAACCACUCCGCUGCCUGCAGAACCAAACUUGUAUCAUAUCUCCAUAUUUCGCCUCCACAUCAAAGACAUGUUGAAACUAUUAAAGUGACUGUGUGAGAUUAGACUCCACCAUUUCAUUGCAUUGCUCUGAGCUCCACUCUUGAUUUAUGCUGCCUGCCCCAUUGCCCUGAGAACACCACAUGAGCUAUUUAUUUCUCAGACUAUUAUUAUACUAUUAAUAAAUAACAACACAACGAGAAAAAGGGAACGACUGGAAAAAGGUGAAUUAAUAUUAUAAUUGUUUUGUUUUUAUUUUUAGUAUUUAGUGGUUGCUUUUAACAACAUUCAUUAACUGACUUAAAGAUUACUGAAUAUUUAAUGUAAUUGUAGCAUUGUGUUUGUAAAGAGAAAAAAACCUAGUGAGUUGUGUUUCUUGACUUGUGGAUUACCAGUGAAGUGGGCAAUCUAGUGCUAAUAUAUAUGAGGUCUUUUUUUAAGGAUUCUUAUUUUGCGACAGCAACAGCAGUCAUUAUAAAUGUUCAUUUUAGCAUCACCUGUCUUCCGUUGUCUUAUUCUUCACCUUCCACCACACUCUGCAUCAUCACAGUAACACAUCGCAAGUCUGAGGGUGGGGACCGAAUGUGUGUUUGGGCGAAUCGAGGUGCGCGCGCGAGGGUGUGUGUGAGCAGCGUGUGUCGUGAAUGUGUGUUAGUUAACAAACCUGUGUUUAUUUGUGUGUCUAUGCAAAAUAUGGUGCACAUGUGCUUGUAUCUUGCGUGUCUGUCUGCUCACACGUGCGAAUCUGCGUGCGUCUGCGUGGAUGUGUGUGUGUGUGCGAUUGUUGGGUCUGUGAGGGGGGGGUUCGGGGUGGGUGUUGUGUCCAGUGUCCACCAAAAGCUAAAACUUGUCAGGCUUCCAUACUUCCUGAUGGAACCUCCUGACGUUAUAGCUGCAAACCCUCAUCAUGUGAUCUGACUCAACUCGACUGUCCAUAACCCCUUCAGUCACCUGACCAACCAAAUCAACCAAUCACUGUCCACCACUACCGCCUUCCCCCUGCGCCAUCCUUUGCUGCACACCACGUCAGCCCCAUGUGAUGUUCUCCAUUGAUAACAUACUACUGUCACAAUCUACUGUUACAUGCUGACAGAUCUGGGGAUAAAUACGCUUGCUUUCGUUCAUUCGAGGUGUUUUCACCUUUGAGAUUAUUACUAAGCGCUCCUUAAAUCAAGGCAAGUGUCCCUCAGGUUGUUUGACUUUGAAAGGAUCAGUUCACCCAUAUUUAAUGUUUGCCCAACAAGUGCAAUAUCUGUCAAUAAUUUAUGCUCCAAAACGCUGGAGGUGAAUGAAGUUAAGUCCGUGGUGGUGCUCACAGCAUUAAAAAUGCAUAUGUAAAUUUAAUUCACAUUUGUGUGCAUAUAUUUCUGAGGAAACCACAGCCCUCGCUGCAAACAGCUUUGCUGUAGUUUCUGGGACUGAUAAGUCAAAACACUACAUGAGUCAAAAAGACAGGUGCUGUCUAACCAUCUAAAAAAAUUUGAAUGUGACUUGAACAGUUUGGGAGAUUUUAGCUGUACAGAAGUCAGAUUUCUCUUAAAUAAUAAUGAAGGAGAUAGGCUACAUUUACCAAAUAACAGCAAUGCCCUUCUCUGUUAUACAAGAAACUCCUUGUGAAUAAUUUUAUGUAGAAAGUAUUUUCUCUCUGCCAAACUACACCUGCUAACUGUGGAAGGAAACGUGCAUCUACCUGUGACAAGACAGCUGAGCUGUGAUGAUGGUUAGCUACAUGUUUCCUUUAAGUGGCAGAUAUAGUUCCAUAGAAGUGAAAUAAAAAUUACAUCAAAGAUAAUAAAGAUAAUUUUUUGUUGGUUUUUUAGUAAUCUUUUCAAACUCUAAGAAAAUAGCACUCGACAAGUACAAAUUUGGAUUUAUAACAUUGAAAUUUUGAGGUACAUAACUUGAAAUGUUGAGAUGAUAAUCCAGCCUAGCAAAAAUAAAUAAAUCAGCAACUUAAACAGGCUUCAGUAGUUACUGCCGUGGUGUCAUCCAAUCAUGUUUUUUGGUUCCUUGAUCACCACAGCCUGGGUCCCGCAUAGUUUUAUUACACCGAAAAGCUGGCAUCUCCAAAAUUGGGCAGCUUACACCAAAUAAAUCGAGAUGGAUAAAUAACUCUACGGCCCAAAAUGUCAAUUUGAUUUUGAGAAGAACUGUACCUCUAAGUAAGAAACUAUUUCUUGGAUAGCUUGGAUGAACUGACCCGUUAAUCAGCCUGAGGUGGACUUGUUCCGUUUAAUUUCUUCAGCGUCAUUUAAUGAAAUUUAGUUUGUUUUCCCCAGAACUGCAUAUUACAUUUCUACUGUUCAUACUACUGUACGUGCUGCAUACUACCUUACCAGGUCAGAAUCCACCUUAACCUGUCUCCAUGCCAACCACAGAGGAGCCAGUUGCAUGGCAACCGGCUUCCGCCACAACAAAACAACCUACCAACCAGCCAUCUUUCUCAACUGAUGAGGCCACGCCCACCUGACUAUGAUCGCUCCGUAGAAGAAGAGAUAGAGGAAGAGAGAGGAUAGGAAGAAGGGAUGACAGAUGAAAGAGAUGUAGUUGUGAUUCUCAGGGUGUCUUAUAUAGAUCUACUGUUUAGUCUGUUCUCCAGUCUCUCACUGGUGUCCUGUUGCCCCUAACUGAGCCCAAAGACGAUCAUGUCCUCCUCUGAUAAAGUCCUUGUUUGAUUGACUACUGACCAAUUCCUCUCCAUCAGUUGAUUGAUAGUAUUGAUUGACCAAUUCUCUUGAGAGCUUGAGCUGAAAGGAGCUCAGCACUGUAACUAAUGUUUACAACCCAAAUGAGACCAACAACGCUGUUGAAAGAAUGUCUAGGACUUAAAAAAAAGGGAAAAAAAAGAAAAAAAGAGAGACAAAUCUCUGAAGAGUACUUAUUUCUAAAUGAUGGAACUUUUCGCUUACUUUCUAUGUGACAUGAGGUAAUGUAAUUUUUUUCAGUCAUUGCAUGUGACUAUUUUUAUUUGCAAUGAAACUGUUAGAAUGGAUGGUACAUUUGUGACGUCAGUGCAACGUUCAGACACCGACGCUAGAAGUCAGCCGGUGUCUACUAAGUGUUUUCAUGUCGCCGUGAGGAGUGCUUAUGGACCAAUGAAUGCUAAAUGUGUGACCAUACAAAGCUGUAAAGGUUUUGUUUAUUUGUACAUGGUUAUGGGUAAAAUAAACCAUUGAAGCAAAUUAACAUCUUUAGUCUUAAGGAGUAAGCCCUCACACGUUUAUUUGUAAAGUCAGUGCCGAGAAAGGUACUUUGGAUAAUGCAGUCGAGGUAAGUUUCAACAGUUAAAGCUGGUGAUGUGCUUCCAUUCAAACACUCGGAGGGCUCGAUGUAGUUGUGUCAAAGUGUUAGAGAGGGUCAAGAACGAAAGAAAAUCAGGGUUCGAUCCACUUCCACACAUCACCAUCCUCCCUACGACAGGCAUCACAAUCAAGAAGGGGUGAGCUUCAACUCUCUGACAUAUCCAUCUACCCACAAUCCUCCUGUGCACCAGAGUCAUCCGAUCAACAAACACCUGCACCCCCGCAUCCACCAUGUCAGCUCCUGUGACCUCUGGCCAAAUCGUCUCAGCCCUCUCCAUGCCAUCGGCUAAGUGGCUAGUGGCUUUUUGAGCUGUUGUUGCAAAGCCUCCUGGGAAAUGGAGUCACAAACAAUUCACAGCAUGGUCUGACCAACCUCUUGUCACUCUCCUCCCACACACCUUUCUCCAUACGCCACUAAAGAAGUUCCUCCGGCUUCCAGCGAGAAGGUCAUGCCAUUUUGUUCCUGAUGGGUUAGGUCGCCACAAACAAGAACAUAUACGGGCUUUCCGGGCAGCUAAAAUACAAUAUGGAAAAAAUGGGUAAAAGUGACUUUUUACAGUCAAUUCUUACAUAAUACAUUCAGUAUUAAGAUCUAACCACUGAGAUGUUCAUCGCUACACUUUGCACUAUAAAUGCUAUGUGAAACUUUACUUUUUUUGUUGUUUAUGAAGCUAGAAGUGCUGUUGGAGCAGCAACUACUUUAUUGGUAGACUUUAGCCUCAAACGUGGAAACGCUGAAAAACAGUGGGGUUGGCAAAAAAGUUCAGUCACAGGCUCAAAAUAAUAGGGCACAUUUCAGAAACUAUACCUCAAGUACAGUGAUUUACCGGUCAUAUAAAAAUUUACAACCGAUAUUCAGGGUUUAAACUAUUAACUUUAGGGUCCAAUCACACUGUUGCACUACUAUAGAACUCGACCUGACCUGAUGUGGCUCUAAAAUGAAGCUGUAGAUACAAACAAGUCAAAACUCCUUUAGAAGUACAUGACUUAACUGUCUGUACAGCUAACAGCAUCUUCUUAACGGCAUUUCCUGCGCAGGAUGUGACAUAUAAAAAAUACAUUUGACUUAAUUAAUUCUAAAUGAUGCAACUCAACCAAAUUGAUCACUAUAUUAUAACAUUAUUUCUGACUAUUAUGACCAAAUACCACAAAUAUGCGUGCCAGGCUCUCCGACAAAUCAGUUCAAACUGAACUUACUGACAAAAGCAUCAGUCACAGAGACCUAGACACCACCUCCCUGUCACCAGGUAUAACUGGUCACAAACAGCGUGCAGGAAAAACCGUAAUGGGAUUCUUUUGGUUGCGGGCAGACUGAGUGCCACGUUUGCUUGUAGUUUGUAUGAAAGAAGCUGACUUGCCUGCAAAUACCUGCAAUAUGCCUGCAGUGAAACUUGAAAAAUUGAGUCGCACACCAGAAAUGGUGAUGGUUUGCUUUCAAAGUAAAAGCCUUAUUGCUGGAACGAACCAUUUUCAAAGGCUGAAACCUUUACUUUGAAAAAUCUCUAUUUCUGGUUUUCAUCACACAUUACAAUGUUUCACUACCACUUGAUGAGUAGUUUGCUGUUGUUUGCAGACAACUUCCAUGCGAACCUCUGGUGACCGCAGCAACCUGCCAGCAACCAAAGCAACUGCUAGGAGGUUCUGGUGCAGUAUCGUAUCCGUAUUUGCAACCUGUUUCCAACUAUCAUCUUUCACAUUACGAACCACUUACAAGUCCGUCUUGGAAUACAUGAAUUUCCCUAGCAACCAGCAGGUGACGGGGUGUCAAUGAUCAGAUUUAAAGCCUAAAUGACCGGGGCAUGAGCAAUUUAUUUUACAGUGAUUACCAGCAGGGGUGGAUCCUGGGAUUUAGGGCCCAGGAAAAUAAUAUAUCACUUUAUGCCCCCAAAGUGGAAGCCAUUGUUUCAAAAAUUAAUAGUUUUAAUGAUAAUGUUCUUUAUUUAUUUUACAUUGAUACACCACAUGCAAAUGCUUUUUGUAUGUAAAAACCACAAACACAUUAUUGUCUCUCAGAAAUGAAGUGCGCUAACCAACACUUGGUUACACUUGGAGAGGCAAGCAGCAUCUUUAAUUCUGAAUUCACUAUGAGUUUAAUUUCCAGCUGUCCCUCUUUUCUGGUUUGAGACCCAGACUUUGAUUUUAUCCACCCUAUCGUCUUACAUCUGUACCGCUCAGUGUCAACUAGGAGCUAAAAGUACCUGUUAAGUAAACAUUAUUUUAUGGUGAUAGGUUCAUUAUUUUCAUUUUUUU